AUGAGAGAAGGUACGGCUUCUGUGGAAGAUCAAGUAAUGACCUAUCAGCCUCUGCCGAAAGAUGAACUCCGGCUCCUAACUCUCCUCCCGCCCUAUCCGGCUACUGCAGAUGAGCCCAUACAUUGCUCAUUAGAUGCUCUCUCCCAGUCUGGAUAUUCUCAUGAGUAUCUAACGUGGUAUAAUGAAACAGCGGUCCAAGAGCUACCACACGAGAGACUACGGCUAUGGAAAGAUCAUGUGAGAACGACAGUCCGGUCGAAUGGCGCGAUUGAAAAAGCUCUUGAGAUCGGUCCAUCCCGGUUUCGUUACUCCUGGGGUGACUACAUCGCGUUAUCAUACACGUGGGGCUCUCCAGAAAAACCGAAACACAUCAUCCUGAAUGGAGUUCCGUUUGCAGUUACCGAAAAUCUCGAUGCAGCACUCCGCAAUGUACAUCCGAUUGCACAAACGCAGAACUCAAAUGGGCCGCUUCGAGUAUGGGCAGAUGCCAUUUGCAUCAACCAGGAAGACCAGAUAGAGCGAUCCCACGAGAUCAAGCGAAUGCGGAGCAUUUUCGCUGGAGCCUUGGGCGUUGUCGUUGCUCUAGGAAAUGGCUGGGAAGGGUGCGAUGAAGCUUUUGGAUUCAUCCGCAACCUCUCACCUUCGGUGAACGAAGGCUUGACUUAUGCUGACCUGAAGCGUAAUGCCGACCAAUACGGUCUCUUUAAGGAAGCUAUUGCCACAAUGAUGAGGCUGAUCUUUCACCCAUAUUGGCACCGCGUCUGGGUAAUUCAAGAGCUCGCAGUCGGCGCAGAUCCUAUCAUCGUCGCUUGCAGGAACUCGAGACUGCUGCUCGAGCAGUGGCGCACCGUCUCUUUAUUCUUGGUGAUGGAGCUACCGAAAGUAGAGCUCGAUGGGAUAUUAGGAGGCCCAUGGCAUGAGUUGGAAGAUAUCAAUAUUACCGGGCUGCUUCAAAAUUUCGACUUCUUGCGUUCCGUAUGUCGUGCGGUAGAGCGACAUCAAGCGGUAGACGCCAUCGAGCUUGCGAUCCCAGUCCUCAGUCUAGGGAUAAUGGGUAUUGCUACAGACCCACGAGACCACAUAUACGGCCUGUUAGGUCUUCUUCCCAAAAACAUCUUAGAUAGAAUCGAUGUCGACUACUCUGCCACCGCGAACCAGGUCUUUGCCGACUUCAUGAAAAUAUUUAUCGAAGAAACAGGCGAACUGGAUGCCAUUUUCUUCCGCUCUCAGCGGCAAACGACCAAGCCAUCAUGGGUGACAGACUGGACUCAGCCCCUCGACCGCUGCUACCUUUUCUACCAGCGCAGCUUCGACUACGACUCCCACUCACCUUCAUCUGAUAUCACCCGCAAAGCGUUAUUCGGCCUAGAUAAGCGCCGCAUCACCUCACGAGCAGAUGGCUACCGUCACAGACCCAUCUCCUUCUCCGGAGACUAUCUUCACUGCCACGGCUUCUGUAUCGGCGAAGUCGACGGCUUCUCCGCAGAAGGCCCCGUAUAUGGCGGCCCCGUCUCCGCCAAUCCGUCAAACGUCACGCAACCCUCCACCGAGCUGAACCCGUAUGGCAAUGCCAAAGCCGUAAUCAAGACCCUCAUAGCAACACUAAACCAAAAUCCCUCAUCCAACAGCGCCAGCGACACCUCCGCGCUCGCCGACAUCCCUUGGUGCGGCGCCGAAGCUGACAACCAUGCCGAAACCCUGAAGUUCACCAUCGGGGAAGAGUUCGAGAAGCUUACGACGCAGCUGGUAGAGCAGGCACCUUGGACGCAGCCGCAUCUAGAUCAAUUUGUAUUUUUUGAGAAGGCCCGGCGGAGUGUGGGCGCGUUUCGGGUUGGCGGGAAGCCGUUGAAGGAGUAUUUCCCUGUUGCCGAUGCUGGCAACAAGCUUGAUCAUCUAAAGGAGGCCUGUAUUCCAGACAUAUAUUAUAUUAGUCACUCGAUAGUUGGGAGGCGGUUGGCGGUGUUGAAAAGUGGGGAAAUGGCACUGGUGCCAGCGAUUGUGGAAAGGGGGGAUAGAGUCUAUGUGCUAUUUGGGGCAGCUAUGCCAGUGCUACUUAGGAGAUGCGUUGACCCAGGGCAUGAUGGAGGUUGCGCGGAGGUGAUUGGAGAGUGCUAUGUGGAAGGCUUCAUGAGCGGUGAAGGCGUUGCUGCUGUUGAGCGGGGAGAAUUUGCAGAAGAGAAGGUGACGCUUUGCUAACGUGAUUGCCUGAGGUAGGCACAGCACCAGGUUAUACGUUCGUAUACCCUCUUCUAGCCUGUCUUCUAGAUCUCGGAAGAUCCGCUGCGCCACCCCGAAGCCUAAGGUACAGCGCCUCGCUACAUUGUGCACUCUCGUCUACCACUGCUUAGCGAUAUGAAAAUAUGGUCAAAGCUCUGUGGGGAUGGUGCACGUGAGAGCGAAUCUGAGGUCUCAGAGAAUCAAAGAGAAACAAACCGCAGCGUGGAAGCGUAGAAGGCGAAAUGAGACGUCUGAUAAGGUAGAACCUAUCGUGUCGGAAUGUUUGACGCGUGAUAGCAAGUCACAGCUCAUACAUAGUAGUAUCCAAUGCUAAAGUGGCGAGUACUGUACCACAAAAGGCAGGACCGCCUGGCGAUAUAGCUAGCUUUGGUGUAUAUCAAACAUGAGGCAUAGAGCUUAGGAUAUGCUUACCUGUGCCGAGACUGUAGGCAGACACGGC